CUCUCUCUCUCUCUUUCUAUAAUUCUAUCUCCUGUGCAAACACAAAACACAGAACCAUAAUAUAUAUAUAUUAAGAUGUCAGCACUUAUGUGCAUUGGAGCAUUAAUUUUUGUAAUCAUUACACAUUGGAUUUACCGAUGGAGGAAUCCCAGAUGCAAAGGGAAGCUCCCACCGGGUUCAAUGGGGUGGCCGCUCCUUGGAGAGACUCUUCAGUUCUUUGCACCCAAUAGCACAUCUGAUAUUCCUCCCUUUGUUAAGGAGAGAAUGAAGAGAUAUGGACCAAUAUUCAGAACAAGUUUGGUAGGGCGGCCGGUGAUUGUAUCUACAGACCCUGAGCUUAACUACUUCAUCUUCCAACAAGAGGGGCAGUUGUUCCAAAGCUGGUAUCCAGAUACAUUCACUGAGAUCUUUGGGAGGCAAAAUGUAGGUUCUUUGCAUGGUUUUAUGUACAAGUACCUUAAAAACAUGGUGCUAAACCUGUUUGGUCCUGAGAGCCUGAAAAAAAUGCUGCCAGAAGUUGAAGAGGCAGCAAAUAGAAAUUUGAGAAGGUGGUCAAACCAGACAACUGUGGAAAUGAAGGAAUCCACUGCUACGAUGAUAUUUGAUUUAACUGCUAAAAAGUUGAUCAGCUAUGAUUCUGAGAAUUCCUCAGAGAAUCUACGGGAAAGUUUUGUGGCUUUUAUACAGGGAUUAAUCUCCUUUCCUCUUGACAUCCCAGGAACAGCCUAUCACAACUGUUUACAGGGAAGAAAAAAGGCAAUGAAGUUGUUGAAGGAGAAGAUAGAGGAAAGGCGAGCAAACCCAAGGAAGAACCAAACUGAUUUCUUUGAUUUUGUCCUAGAGGAACUCAAAAGAAAGGAUACAAUUCUUACUGAGGGAAUUGCUCUAGAUUUGAUGUUUGUGCUGCUUUUCGCUAGCUUUGAGACAACCUCCCUAGCUUUAACUUUAGCCAUCAAAUUUCUCAGUGACCAUCCUUUGGUAUUGGAAAAACUAACAGAAGAGCACGAGGCAAUAAUUAAAAACAGAGAAAAUCCCAAUUCUGGACUGACAUGGCAAGAAUACAAAUCAAUGACAUUUACAUUUCAGUUUAUCCAUGAAACAGUCAGGCUGGCAAACAUUGUUCCUGGGAUUUUCAGAAAAUCUUUACGAGAUAUCAAUUUUAAAGGGUAUACCAUUCCUGCUGGUUGGGCAGUUAUGGUUUGUCCUCCAGCUGUACACCUGAACCCCACCAGAUACAAAGAUCCACUUGAAUUCAAUCCUUGGAGAUGGGAGGGAGUAGAAAUAAAUGGAGCAACAAGAAACUUCAUGGCUUUUGGAGGUGGAAUGCGAUUUUGUGUUGGAACAGAUUUCACUAAGGUACAGAUGGCAGUCUUUCUCCACUGUUUGGUGACCAAAUACAAGUGGAUACCAAUCAAAGGAGGAGACAUUCUAAGGACUCCUGGUUUGCAAUUCCCAAACGGAUUUCAUAUUCAGAUAUCUGAAAAGCAUGAGAUAGGACAGCAAACAGCAUCAUGAAGCAACAUCAAGACAACAGACUGUCAGACUGGCAAGUCACACGCGAGAGGCUAAAGAAAUACCAGGGAAAUUAUCAUUGUGCAAGAAUACUUGUUAAUAGUUGACAGUUGGUUGCAACACAACUGGUAGCCA